CGGCUCUCACCGGCCUCCGAUGGCAGCGGCCCGAAUAUCCCAGUCGUAGACCUGUCAAUGCUAGACGUGGACGCGACAUCCAGCGCCGUGGCGGCGGCGUGCCGGGAGUGGGGCUUUUUCCAGGCAGUGAACCACGGCGUCCGCCCGGAGCUGCUGCGCGGCGCGCGCGCGGCGUGGCGUGGCUUCUUCCGGCAGCCCGCGGAGGUGCGCGAGCGUUACGCGAACUCGCCGGCGACGUACGAGGGCUACGGCAGCCGCCUCGGCACCGCCAAGGGCGGCCCGCUGGACUGGGGCGACUACUACUUCCUCCAUCUGCUGCCGGCUUCCCUCAAGAGCCACGAGAAGUGGCCUUCCCUGCCUUCCUCCCUACGGGGGGCAACGGAGGAGUACGGCGAGGAAGUGUUGCAGCUGUGCCGGAGGGUGAUGCGGCUGCUCUCCAGCGGGCUGGGGCUGGAAGCCGGGAGACUGCAGGCGGCGUUCGGCGGAGAGGGCGGCGAAGGGGCGUGCUUGCGGGUCAACUUCUACCCGCAGUGCCCGCAGCCAGAGCUGACGCUGGGCGUAGCGGGGCACUCCGACCCCGGCGGCAUGACCAUGCUGCUGGUGGACGACCACGUCAAGGGCCUGCAGGUAAGGAGCCCCGACGGCCAGUGGAUCGUCGUCGAACCCGUCCCCGACGCCUUCAUCGUCAACGUCGGCGACCAGAUCCAGGUGCUGAGCAACGCGGCAUACAAGAGCGUGGAGCACCGGGUGACGGUAAGCGCGGCAGAGGACCGGCUGUCUAUGGCUUUCUUCUACAACCCGCGAAGCGACCUGCCCAUCGCGCCGAUGGCGGAGCUGGUGGGGCCCGACCGCCCGGCGCUGUACCCGGAGAUGACCUUCGACGAGUACCGUGUUUUUAUCCGGCAACGUGGUUUGGCCGGCAAGGCGCAGCUUGAGUCCCUGCAGGUCAAAGCCACCGCCGGCGGAGGAGGCUGUAGCGCUGCAGCUGCCUCCUCCACCAGCUAGCAUAGCUACUGAGCUAUAUAUAUACAUAUAUCAUCUGCAGGGCCAGCCGGUUUCAGUUAGCUAGCUGUGCAUAAUCAACGUUGGAUCGACCAGUGAAUAAUAUACAAUUAUUUGAUGUUAAUUUCUACACAAAUGUUGUACGUGUUGUACAUUCAUCCCAUGUAACUGAGCAGUAAAUGUAAGUGUGUGGAACUCCCGUUGCUAUUUGGUCUUCGCUCUUGAGUUCAAGAGGGAAGUAGGACAAUGAUCCAAAUCAAUAUAAUACUACUAACCAUCGAUUAUU